AUGAGUCCGUUGAACCGAAUCAACCGCAUCGCCUCGCACAUCUGCCCGCCCGCGUCGACCAGCGAUGGUGGGCUCAGCAUGAACGUCACGCGCGCCAAGGGCAGCAGCGGCGGAUUCAAGGUCGCCGUGUUGGGCGCAGCGGGUGGCAUCGGGCAGCCGCUGUCGCUGCUGCUUAAAAUGAAUCCGCUUGUAUCGGUGCUGCACCUGUACGAUGUGUUCAACACGCCCGGCGUCACGGCCGACCUCAGCCACACCAGCACCUCCGCCGUCGUGCGCGGGUUCCUGGGCAAUGACCAGCUGGGCGCGGCGCUAGACGGAAUGGACUUGGUGAUCAUCCCCGCGGGCGUGCCGCGCAAGCCGGGCAUGACGCGCGACGACCUGUUCAAGAUCAACGCCGGCAUCGUCAAGACGCUCUGCGAGGGAAUCGCGAAGCACUGCCCGCGCGCCGUCGUGAACAUUAUCAGCAACCCGGUGAACUCGACGGUCGCGAUCGCCGCGGAGGUGUUCCGGCGCGCGGGGACGUACGAUCCGCGCAAGCUGAUGGGCGUCACGACGCUCGACGUGGUCCGCGCCAACACCUUCGUGGCGGAGGUGCUGGGGCUGAAUCCCGAGGAAGUGAACGUGCCAGUGGUGGGCGGCCAUGCAGGCAUCACCAUCCUGCCGCUGCUCUCGCAGGUGACACCUGCGGUGAGCUUCAGCCAGGAGGAGCUAGACCAACUGACCAACAGAAUCCAAAACGGAGGCACGGAGGUCGUCGAGGCCAAAGCCGGCGCUGGUUCUGCCACCCUGUCCAUGGCGUAUGCAGCGGCCAAGUUCGCGCAGGCGUGUCUACGGGCCAUGCGGGGGGAGGCGGGCAUUGUGGAGUGCGCCUUCGUGCAAUCCACGGUGACGGAGCUGCCAUUCUUUGCCUCUCGAGUGGUGCUGGGGCGGCAAGGAGUGGAGGAGGUGCUAGGGCUAGGGCCCAUGACUCAGUAUGAGCGCCCUACCUCACGUGCCCGCAUUGUCCUUCUGUCAUCCUCAAUUCGCGCGGCGCGUCCUCCUCCCAACACGCCGUUUCCUCCUCGUCCGCGCUCAAUGACCGGCGCCGAUCCUUCCACCGCAGCCCCCGCGCCCGCGGAGGCGAGCGCGGCCAGCGCAGGCGGGGAGAAUGCGGAGCAACAGAGCGCGGGGGAGGCGGGGGCGGAGCAGGUGGUGACGCCGUGGGAGGUGUCGUCCGGGGGCGGUAUCGACUACAACAAGCUUAUCGAGCAGUUCGGCUGCCAGCGCCUCGAACCCCCGCUUGUAUCGCGUAUGGAGAAGCUCACCGGCGUGCGCGCGCACCCGUUCCUCCGCCGCGGCAUCUUCUUCGCGCACCGCGACUUCGACAAGAUUCUAGACGCCGUGGAGAAGGGAGAGCGGUUCUACCUGUACACGGGGCGAGGCCCCUCGUCCGAGGCGCUGCACCUGGGUCACCUCAUCCCCUUCAUGUUCACCAAGUGGCUUCAAGAGGCCUUUAAAGUCCCUCUGGUCAUCCAACUGACCGACGACGAGAAGUAUCUGUGGAAGAGCAUGAGUGUGGAGGAGGCACGGCGGCUGGCGAGGGAGAACGCCAAGGACAUCAUUGCGUGCGGGUUUGACGUUUCACGGACCUUCAUCUUCUGUGACUUUGACUAUGUGGGCGGGGACUUCUAUCAAAACAUUGUGAAGAUCGCUCGAUGUGUCACUCUCAACCAGGCACGGGGCAUCUUUGGAUUCGACGGUGAGGAUUGCAUCGGCAAAGUGGGCUUCCCUCCCGUUCAGGCUGCCCCAGCGUGCCCCUCGUCCUUCCCGCACCUGUUCGGCCGCAAGAACGAAGUGCGCUGCCUCAUCCCCCACGCCAUCGACCAGGACCCCUAUUUCCGCAUGACACGUGACUGUGCUCCGCGCCUGGGCUUCCACAAGCCCGCACUCAUCGAGUCGCGCUUCUUCCCCGCCCUGCAGGGCGAGAGUGGCAAGAUGAGCGCCAGUGACCCCAACUCGGCUGUCUUUGUCACGGACUCGCCCAAGGAGAUAAAGAACAAGAUCAACCGCUAUGCCUUCUCAGGCGGUGGAGCAACCAUUGAGGAGCACCGAGCCAAGGGGGCGAACCUGGAGGUGGACGUGCCAGUGAAGUACCUGUCCUUCUUCCUGGACGACGACAUUGAGCUGGAGCACAUCAAAACGGAGUACGGGGCAGGGCGAAUGCUGACAGGGGAGGUGAAGGGGCGGCUGGUGGAGGUGUUAACUGCCAUGGUGGAGCGCCAUCAGAAGGCACGCGCACUUGUCACUGAUGAGCUUGUCGGGAGUUAUCUUAUCCUCCAUCUGUCCCCCAUUCAUCUGUCCCAUCUCAUCUGCCCCAUCUCAUCUGCCCCACCUCAUCUGCCCCACCUCAUCUGCCCCACCUCAUCUGCCCCACCUCAUCUGCCCUCAUCAUCUUAUCCCCUCCCAUGCACACAGAUGGUGGAUGCAUUUAUGGCAGUGCGGCCCAUGCCACACAUGUUCAGCUAG